ACGCAGGGAUCCGUCAACUUCCGGAUCUUGUUGCAAAGUGAGUGAGACUUCCUCCUUUACUAAAGACGAAACGUGUAUCUUCUACUGAAAGUCCCAGAAUUUGCUUCACGUGACUGAAAUGGGUCGCCGCAAGUCCAAGAGAAAGCCCCCUCCCAAGAAGAAGUUGACAGGAGAUCUGGACUCCCAGUUCACGUGCCCAUUCUGCAAUCACGAAAAGUCAUGUGAUGUAAAAAUGGAACGAAGCAGAAACACAGGGAUAAUAUCAUGCACAGUUUGCUUGGAGGAAUUCCAGACACCAAUCACUUAUCUGUCAGAGCCUGUGGACGUCUACAGUGAUUGGAUAGACGCUUGUGAAGCAGCCAACCAGUAGCCUUCAUCAGGGCUGAAGUCCAAUCAGAAAGGGAAGCGACCGAGUGGAUACGCCAUGGUCCGACUCCACUCAUCGGUGUGUCUUCAGCCCUAGCUCUGAACUCUCACCCCCAUAAUCCUUCACUCUAGAGGCAGAGGCUGGUGUAGACCUGUACUCCGUAGUCCUAAUCAGACCGCUACGUCUACCUUAGCGUACGUUUAAUUUAUUCCAAACUGCUGCUGGGAAUGCUAGUCCUGUGGUAGUUUACUCAAUGCAAACAUGCUGUUCACUUGUGUUAGUGUCACAGUUUUAGGUCAUUCCAAGGGUUUGUGGGCUAUGGCGUCUGCAUAGGCCUAUGUUUGGCUGCUAAAAUGAACUGGAGCCUGGUCCUAACAGUAUAUGCCUAUAGGCUUCCAUACUUUAUAUCUUCAUCAGCGUGGUCUUUGUCAAAUUACUUCUAAAGUGUGCUCAGGACAGUGGGUCUUAGGGGUCAAGGACAAGGGUUGAUAAACAUUUUAUAUACUUGAUUUAUUGACUGUUUGGGGUUAACAUGAAAUUUCAACAAACUAAGCAUGGGGGUAUUUUCAUGCUGUUAACCAUCAGUAUUGAAAUAUUUCACUCAUGCAAAUUCAAAGUUUAUCAGUAUAUUUUUUGUGAAUAAAUGAUCUUGAAUUUACCAGUAUCAUUUUUCGAAUAAAGAGCAGUUGUUAUAUUGGAUAUAACAAAAAGCUGUUAGAUUCUUAUAGUAAUAAUAGCCAAUUAUUUGGAAUUGGUUGCCCUUUGUAAAUUUGUUUUUCUUCCAAAUGACAAAUAAAGUGAUGUAUUUAGUUUACCUACAAUGAG